AUUCACACAUAGACAUGAAACGCGCGGUAGUGCUAGUGUCGCUGGUUGCAGCGAUUGUUGCAGAGGCUCCUUACCAUUUACCACGGCCAGCACCGCAAGUGCCAGCGUUCCAUUAUCCAUCAGUUCCUGCACCGCACUCACCGCAAUCACGACCGCAUUACCCACCGCCACCCGCUCCACAACAUAACUACAACUUUGGUUAUAAUUACGAACGUCCAAGCGUACAACCUGCGUUCGUGCAACCGCCACAGCCACAAUUUCAGUACAAUGCACCGCCACAACCAGUUCCACAACCACAAUUUACAUAUUCCCAACCACAAGCCCAACAAGCACCUUUACCACAAUCUUACCCUCAACCUCAACCAGUACCGUAUUAUUCUCAACCUAGUCCUUCAUACGGCUUGCCACAGCCACAGAUAGCACCGCACCCUCUACCGCAACCUAUUCCACAAAUCCAACCACAACCCAUUCCUCAAUAUCCGUCACAGCCUACCUAUGCUCAUUCUCAACCCCAAUUUCAACCGCAACCUCAGUCGCAACCACUUGCACAUUAUCAGUCCCAACAGUUUCACUCUCAAUCUGGAUACUCCUAUCAACAACCUCAACCUAUUCAACCACUUCAGCAGCUACCACUUCAAGCUCAGUCAGUAAGCAAUAGUGCGGCAUCAUCUUUAUCAAGCUACCAAGCCGAUUCUAAUCAGUACAGUGGAGCGCAGGAACAGACGCAUAAAGAGGCACUAGAUUCGGUUGUAAUCGAUCGCCUGCAAAAUAUUAUAAGGGAUGAUGAGCACAGUUCAGCAAAAUCAGCUGGUUAUCAAUCACUGGUUUCGGGAAUAUCUUUGGAGAAUGCAAAACCUAGCGUAGAGAUAUCAUCUUUUGUACAAAAUUCACCUUUAAGGGUAAACCUAAGUUCAGGUUCUUCAGAUUCUCAAAGAUCAGUGAGUUCAUCAACGGCAGUGGCUGCAUCGGGUCCGUCAGGAAGUUACGGCUUGCCAACGGUCACAGCAAACAGUCAGUCUACUCAGGACACGUCUGUUUCUAAUUUCUUGCCUCAGACACAGCCUAGUGCAGCGUAUGGCGCGCCAAAUUUAAUAUUAAACUAGAUAUCAUGUACACAGUGUAAUAUGUA